UAUACAAGAAACGUCGAAGAAUAAUACAAGAACUAAGCUAACUUCGUUAAAACCCAAAACCCCUUUCUUGGACUGAAUCGCCCAUCCAUGGCGACAAGAAACGUUUAUCUUUAUGUUAAUUUUCAUCAGGCAGUUUUGAAGUUCCAAUUGUUGAGAUAUGGAGAUCAGUACAAUAUUGAUGCGGCAUAAAGAUUCUUCAUCUGGGCAUUUUGACAUGCAGAUGAUAGGCACUUUCUUGAGUUUCGCAUCAAGGGGUGACAGAGUUGGUCUCAAUCAGAUGUUGAGGCAGGGAAUUUCACCCAAUGUGCAGGACUAUGACAAAAGAACUGCUCUACAUCUUGCUGCUAGUGAAGGACACGCCUCUAUUGUUGAACUUCUUUUGGCUUACAAGGCUGAUGUUAAUCUCAAAGAUAGGUGGCACCGGACUCCCUUAACAGAUGCAAAGUUGUACGGGCACCGUGACAUAUGCAGGAUCCUUGAGGUCUGUGGUGGCAAGGAUUCCAACAGUGAUCAUCCUUUGACUGUUCGGCGUGAAGAGGAUUCAAUUGACGUGAAUAUUGACAUAUCUGAACUGAACUUGCAGCAUUCUUCAAUAAUUGAGCAGGGCUUAUUUGGGGAGUCUGAAAAGGUCAAAUGGCGUGGAACAUGGGUGGUUAAAACCGUAAUCAAAAGGGUGUUUUCUGCUAAGGUUAAUACUUUACUGAGGGAACUUCGACAUCCAAAUAUUUUACAGUUUCUUGGAUCAAUUGUGCAUGGUGAUGAAAUGAUCUUGAUCACAGAGUAUUUGCCGAAAGGAAACUUGCAAGAUAUUUUGAGAAAGCGUCUUGACCCCCCAACUGCAUUGCGCUAUGCACUUGACAUAGCUAGGGGAAUGAAUUACCUCCAUCGGCACAAGCCCUUGCCUAUUGUUCACAAUAACUUGCAUCUGAAGAACUUGUUACUAGAUGAAUGUGGGCACUUAAAGAUUGGUGAAUAUUGGGUUCAAAUAUUGGAUAAUCAAAUAUAUGCAAAUCAGGACUGUUGUAUGAAGACCUUUUGGUUCUUGCUUAUUUGUUUGUUCAUUUAUUUUGGGUCACAUACUGCAGCUUAUAAUCAGUCUCUUUCUUUUACAGGUCAAUCAAACAACGGAUGUAACUUAAUCAGCCAUCUGUGUCAUGACAUUAGCAAAGAUAUUUAUUCAUUUGGCCUCAUCUUUUACCAGAUGCUGGAAGGAAGACAAAUAACUGACAGGAGUUUUGAGACCAUGCAUAUCAAGUCUGUAGAUUUGGAGAAAAAGCUUUAUACAGGUCGAUACCCGAGUAGAAUUCUUCAGUUAAUAGAGGACUGCACGAGUACAGUUACUUCUACAAGGCCAUCAUUUGCUACAGUGAUAGAAAUCCUAGAAGAAGUCUCUUUACUAUCAAGAAAAACAGGUUGCCCGCCGUGUAAUAAAAGCAAAAGCCCCAAGUAAAUGAAUUUAAUUUGCUAGUGAUGGAUAUACUUUGAUACACCAUAAAUUUGAAAAAGUCAGUGAAGAACUCAUUCUGGUUCAUGAAUAUGAGUUUGAUAAAAUUCCCAAGUUGACUUUCAUGUAUUUGACUUUGUGUUACUAUAAUGUAUAUAGGAAAUUUUACUUGCU